CCUGCAGGGGGUUCAACCACCACCUACCUUUUUCUCCUUGGCCAACAAACGAUGUUAAAUGAAACAAUGAAUUCUUUAACCUGCUGUCUGUGAUCUGUGACUCAUUUUAGUCUACAUUUUCAACUCUCUCUCUCUCUCUCUCUCUCUCUCUCUCUCUCUCUCUUAUGUCUUUCUUUCUCUUUCUCUCUCUUCUCUCCAUUGAAGUUUUAAGAGAGUUCUACUACUCCCACACGCUUUCAUAAAAAUGGAGCCAUAUUGGGAGAGAGUCAAGAAGUUUGGGCAUAGUGGGACGUUUCUCAUUUCACCACUCCACAAAUUUUAGAGUAUACAAAGAGAGUGAGAGAGAUAAGACCACACACCCCCCCCAAAACGCCAAUUAACCCUAGCUAUAGAUAUAGUAUUGUUAUUAUUAUUAUUUGACUACGUUUUUCUCUUUUAUAAGUUGGGAUAUCUCGUUUGUACUUUUUGGCUUAUGUAGUGAUCACUUUUAAUAACACUAACUUUGUUAAGAGAAUAAAAGUGUUAUUAUUAGAAGAAAAGAAAAAAAAAUGACCAUCUUCUCUAGCUAUCUAUUAACCCAAUGAGUACUUUCUUCUUCUUCUCUUUGUCAUUGUAACGGUUCUCAUAUUUCUGAUCAUCAAGUCCUGCUCUAAUAUUCUUAGCCUCGUUUCUCUCUAUUGAUAUUAUAUAUAUAAUGGUGGGAGUGGCGAGAACCGUCAGAUCGGUUUUGUUAUUUACAGGAAGAUUGAUAAACGACACAGUGAGCUUUGUCGUUUUCUCUAUUCUCGACCUUGUUGAUCUCUUCCUCUGCUUGCUUUACAGAAUAGCAGAUUUUUUCAUCGAAGCAGAGUGGAAAGCUUGCUAUUGCUCUCCUUCAAAGGAAGCCAUAACCAACAGUGGUAAGAUCUUGGUCUCCGAACAUGGCGAGUCAAAGAUUGUUUGCCUCAGCUCCACCAAGCUCCGGUUGGAGGAGAUCUCCGAUACCCUUUACAGGAGACCUUCGUUGUUGACUGAGGUCUCUAAGUUGACCGUUAACGAGCUUAAGAGACUCAAGCUUGAUGGGUUAACUACAAGUAGUAAUAAUAAUGGUAAUAUCAAUGUGAUAAACUCUUCUGAUAAUCAUCAUCACCAUCAUCAUCAGAAGAAUAUUGUGAGUAAUAAGAAAGGCACAUCAGUUAGGUCAACAUUCACGGUUAACUCCACCAUUGUUGAAAUGCUUCAAGGUAAGAUUGGAGGGAACCAAUCUCACAUUCGAAUCCCAAGAUGGUCCGAUUGUGAUUGUAAGUUUUGUACUUGUUGGACCUCUUCUAGUAAAGAAGCUCUCUAUGUCAAAUCCGAAGGGCCUAGAGAUUCGGCUCAAGAAAAUGUACUAUUCAUUCAUGGAUUCAUCUCAUCAUCGGCGUUUUGGACCGAAACGGUGUUCCCAAACUUGUCAAGUGAAGCCAAAACGACAUAUCGUUUAUUUGCCAUCGAUCUACUUGGAUUUGGAAGGAGUCCAAAGCCAACGGACUCUCUCUACACGCUGAGAGAGCAUUUGGAUAUGAUCGAACGGUCUGUUCUCGAACCCCACAAAGUAAAGUCGUUCCACAUUGUGGCUCAUUCUUUGGGCUGCAUUUUGGCCUUGGCCCUAGCUGUCAAGCACCCUGGUUCGGUCAAGUCCCUAACUUUACUUGCCCCACCAUAUUUCCCAGUACCAAAGGGUGAACAAGCGACUCAAUACGUGAUGAGAAGGGUGGCGCCGAGGCGAGUGUGGCCACCAAUAGCGUUUGGUGCGUCACUUGCGUGUUGGUACGAGCAUAUCAGCCGAACCAUUUGUCUAGUUAUAUGCAAGAACCAUCGGUUGGUGGAGUUUCUUGUGAAGCUAAUUACUCGAAACAGGUUGAGAACAUUCUUGCUUGAAGGAUUUUUCUGUCACACCCACAACGCUGCAUGGCAUACUCUUCACAACAUAAUAUGUGGCACCGCCGCCAAGUUAGACACCUACUUGACGGUGGUCCGCGAUCGUUUGAGCUGCGAUGUCCACGUCUUUCACGGCGAAGACGACGAGCUCAUUCCGGUGGAGUGUAGUCACAAUGUUAAGGCCAAAAUCCCUAGAGCUCAUGUCAAAAUAAUCAACAAAAAAGAUCACAUUACUAUUGUUGUUGGCCGCCAGAAAGCCUUCGCUUCUGAAUUGGAGCAAAUUUGGAGAAAUUCAAGUACUCAAAGUUGAAAAAUUAAUUGAUUGAUUCAACUCAUCAAUUAAUAAUUAAUAAUGGUCAAGUUAAGUAUACCCAAGUUUUGUGUGAUGAAAUGAAAGCAUCACAUAGCUAUAUAUAUAUAUAUAAAUACAUAUAUAUAUCCGGAUCAGUCUGUCCAUGUGUUUUUAUAAUGUUUGAUUUUCUACCAAUAUGUGGAAAAAAAAAGUAGUAAAUUAAUUUUAUUUUAAUAUAUAUAUUAUUGAUCAUUAAUUUUCUUUUCCACCAUGAUCAUAAGGAUCCAAGUUAUUUUAGGGUUUUCUUAGGGUCAAUUUCUGGGUGCAGUGAUGUCAUGUGGGUUUGUACUGAAAUCAUGAUAUAGCUCUUGCCAUUAUUAUUGUAAUUAAUGCAACUUAUUAUAGCUUGGAAAAAUAAUAUAAAAUAAAGAGAGAGUAGAGAAUAUAUAUAGUGAAUAUUAUUGUGAAGUAUUAAAA